AUGCGAGAUGAGGAUGAAGACGUGAGUGUUGAGGUGACCAUCAACACAAUCACGGGCAUAUCCCGCACGUUGCAGUUGCAGGCAGAUCUUGCGGUGCGAGAUGCCAAAGCCUACAUUGAGCGUAUCCUGCCCGGAUUCCCUGCAGCAGAGCAGCAGUUGCUGCAAGGGUCGGUUAUCCUUCAGGAUGAUGAGAGGCCGUUCACAGAGAUGGCGCAGCAGAGACAAGAUCUGCUGGUGCUCCGGCAGCCGCGGAUGAACCUGAAGAAGUUCUUGGCUCGGAAGGGCUACACCACCAUCGAUGACCCCGCAGACCUUGACGAUCUGCUGGUGGACGCUGGCCGGAGCGAAGAGCCAAACGUUUGCCUGGAAAUAAUUUGUCAUCCCAAGUUUGGUCGCUUCGAUCCCCCACUGCAUCCCAACAACAGGCAGCGUGCAAACAUAUUGCAGAGUCUUGUUCAACGACCCUUGCUCACAGCCUUCGAAAAUUUGGUGCAGCAUGAAGCCUUCGGGCACGUACCAGGGUUGCUGGAUGAGGCCGCUGUGGUGCUACAUAACGCUGCCUCUGCUGGUCUGGAAGAACACUGUCGCUGCAUGCUCGCAAGCCCACACUUCCAGGCUGCUGCGCGCCGCAAGCCCGCAAAUCAAUCAACUGCACUCCACCAUGCUGCAAGCAUUGAAGUUCUUCGCACUCUUUUAGAGUCGCCAGCUCUCUCGACACCAGAGGUCCUGAAUGGCAAGGAUCGCUUUGGCUGCACAGUUCUUCACUACGUGACAACCGAGCAGAUGUGCCGGUUCAUUUUGGCUCAGCCUGACUUCAGCGCAAUCAAUGAUCAGGAUAUGUCCGGCCAAACUGCCUUGCACUGCGCCAAAAAUGCCGGCAUUUGCGAAGCACUGCUAGAACAUGGGGCGCUCGGGUCUUUGAGCGUGGCAGACAACUUGGGCAGAACUGCGUUGCAUGUACUCUCUCGGAACAGUGCAGCUUUGGCUGUGCUGCUGCGUUUCAGCAGCGGCGUUGCCAGCGAAGGCGUGAGCUUCGACAUCAACGCCCUUGACAAGCGAGGCAGGUCCGCACUGCACUUCGCCACUUCUGGGGAGGCUUGUGAGCUGCUGUUCCAAGCUGGCUUUGAAGCCGUCAAUGCACUGGAUGAUUGUGGCAUGUCUGCUCUUCACUCUGCAAAGAACAUGGACGUCGUCCAAGCAAUCCUGGCUCAUCCGAACUUCUGUGAGCUGAAUGCCGUGACUUCUGCAGACUACCUUUCGGAUACAGCACUGUCCCGGGCUGCCAGCUUGCAUGACAGCCAGCUGGUGCUGGAACUCCUGCAACAUAAAGGACAUGAUCUCCAAUCCCUUCAAAAAGCAGCAGAUUUCGCGCAGGGACUUUCGCAUGCGGCAAGCCAAGCCCUACUGGCUGCAAGGGACGAGCAAGUAGAGCAUGCAAAAGAUGGAGCGGUUUCUAAGAAAGGCUUUUGCAAUCUGCUCUGA